CUUACUCUCACACAUAUUCCAGGUAAAUAACGGGAAAAACCUCUACUAAUCCGCGCGAAAGCACGGCGAUUGGGUUCCAAGUAUUGGCGAAAAGCGAGCAGGCUGGGAUUGCGGCUGUGGCGAAUGCGGAGAGAUGGUUUUAUGGGCUGCAGUAUUAUCCUGAGGUGACACAUUCAACAGAGGGAAUGGAAUUGUUGCGCCAUUUUCUUGUUGAUAUAUGUGGUGUCCCCACUAAUUGGAAGGUGGAAACUCUAAUGGAGGAUGAAAUAGAAGUGAUCAAAAGUAUGGUUGGCCCUGAUGAUCAUGUCAUAUGUGCAUUAUCUGGAGGUGUAGACUCUACUGUUGCAGCCACGAUAGUUCACAAGGCCAUUGGGGAUAGGCUGCACUGUAUUUUUGUUGACAAUGGUUUGUUGCGAUACAAGGAGCAGGAACGGGUAACGGGAACUUUCAAAAGAGAUCUUCAUCUGCCUGUUACUUGUGUUGAUGCUUCGGUGCAAUUUCUUGGGGAACUGAAAGGUGUCGUAGAUCCCGAGAAGAAGAGGAAAAUAAUUGGGAAGGAGUUUAUAUCAAUUUUCGAUGCAUUUGCUCAUGAUUUAGAGAAAACAUUGGGAACGAAACCUACUUAUUUGGUACAAGGAACUCUGUAUUCUGGUUGUAUUUCUGUCAUUUUAUUUUUAAAUUCGAUAUAAAUCAUCUCCUUACUACUUAUCAAGGAAUGUGGUUAAUUUUUA